ACUCCUUCCUACUCUCAGUCUGCUUUGGUGCUCUGACAGCCAUGAGGUCCUCCUUGUCUCGGAAGACCUAUGCAACCAAAGGAGGUUUCAGCUCCAACUCAGCCAGUGGAGGGCGCGGCUCUCGGACCCACACCAGCUUCAGCUCAACGACCAUGUCCCGGAGCAGUAGCAGUGGUGGUGGGGUCCAUUGUGGCCCCCGCAUGGGUGGCUUUGGCAGCCGGAGCCUCUAUAAUUUGGGGGGCAGCAAGAGUAUCUCGGUCAGUAUGGCCUCCUCAGGCCGGGGUCUUGGAGGCUUUGGCCUUGGCAGUGGGCCCUAUGGAGGCCUGGGUGCUGGCAAACAGACAUUUGGGCCCGUCUGUCCUCCUGGUGGGAUCCAGGAAGUCACUGUCAACCAAAGCCUGUUGACCCCUCUCAAUGUGGAGAUAGACCCAGAGAUCCAGCGGGUGCGCACCCAAGAGCGUGAGCAGAUCAAGAUCCUUAACAACAAGUUUGCCUCUUUCAUCGACAAGGUGCGCUUCCUGGAGCAACAGAACAAGGUGCUAGAGACCAAAUGGGCAUUGCUACAGGAACAGGGACAGACCCGAGGGGUAACCAGGAACAACCUGGAGCCUCUCUUUGAGAUCUAUGUGAACGGCCUGCGGAGGACUUUGGAGAACUAUCAGGGCGAGCGGGGGAGGCUGGACUCAGAGCUGAAGAACGUGCAAGAAGGCCUCGAAGACUUCAAGAACAAGUAUGAGGAUGAAAUCAACAAGCGAACUGCUCUGGAGAACGAGUUCGUGGUGCUCAAGAAGGAUGUGGAUGCUGCAUACAUGGCCAAAACGGAACUGCAGGGAACAGUGGAGUCCUUGCAACAGGAGAUUGACUUCCGGCACCGCCUCUAUGAAUUGGAGCUGAGCCAGGUGCAGACCCAUGUGUCUGAUACCAAUGUUGUCUUGUCCAUGGACAACAACCGAAACCUGGACCUGGACAGCAUCAUCGCUGAGGUCAAGGCCCAGUAUGAGCUGAUUACCCAGAGGAGUCGGGCGGAGGCUGAGGCUUGGUACCAGACAAAGUACGAGGAGCUGCAGGUGACAGCUGGGAAGCAUGGAGACAACCUUCGGGACACCAAGAAUGAGAUUGCUGAACUCACCCGCACUAUCCAGAAGCUGCAGGGUGAGACAGAUGCAGCUAAGAAGCAGUGUCAGCAGCUACAGGAAGCCAUUGCAGAAUCAGAGGAGCGUGGAGAACUUGCACUGAAGGAUGCUAAGAAGAAGCUUGGGGACUUGGAUGCAGCUCUGCACCAGGCUAAGGAGGACCUGGCCCGGCUGCUGAGUGACUACCAGGCCCUUUUGAAUGUCAAGAUAGCCCUGGACGUGGAGAUUGCCACCUACCGUGCACUGCUGGAGAGCGAGGAGAGCAGGAUGUCGGGAGAAUGUCCCAGUGCAGUCAGCAUUUCUGUGACUGGCAACUCCACCACCGUGUGCGGAGGCAGUGCAGCUGGCUUUGGGGGUGGCAUCUCCCUGGGUGGGGGUGUUGGAGCCAGCAAGGGUGGAUUCAGCACCAAUAUGGGCUGCGGCACUGUCAAGGGAGGUCCCUCUGGGGGCACCUCCAUCCUGCGAAAGACCACCACGGUGAAGACGUCCAGCCGGAGGUACUAGCCACUGAGUCUUGCCAGCUGGGACCCGUAUAGUCUUCCCUUGGUCCCACUCACCCAUCUCUGCUUUGCUCCCCACCAAAUCUUCUUAUGAACAACCCCAGGGACCUCAGAUUCAGGGUGUUUCAUACCCACACUCUUUUUUUUAAAAUUUUAUUUAAAAGGAAAAAGAGAAAAACACAAAACAAAACAAAGUGGUGUAAGGGUACAAGUAAUAUAAAAAACAAAAACAAAAACAAAAAAACAAACAGUAAGAAAUCACCAGUUAAUAGAUUACAUAUUAUCAUCUUAGAAACAUACCCACACUCUUUGUACACAUUUGUAUUGGCUGAAAGGUACAAAUCUACCCAGGUUUUCUCCUUGGUUGUGGGAUGAGAUGGGAGGGAAGCUUAGGGUCACUUGCUUGCAUGAUGUGCUUGGGUAAUUUGGGGGUGACUUUCUGGUCACUGGGAGAAGGCUAGAUAUUCUAGGUCACCUCAGCUUCUCUCACCUCCUUUAGCCAUUUGCUCUGGAUCCAGGACAGGCUAAUAAGAGGGUAAUGAGAGAGGGAAGUUGGAAGUAGUUCCUAAAGGCUCUUCAAACCCUUCAGUCUCCUACCAGACCCAUCAAUUCCCUGAGUCUACCCACAUCUCUGUAGCCUUUUGUGCCUGCAAUGUGUCUCAAAUAAAUAGCAACUAUAUCUGU